AUGACGGUCAAUCCAAGUCUCAACGAUAUCGACAUCCACAAGCGGUUGUCGCUGGUGAGCGGCACCUCGCAGGGCAAAAACGUCGAUGACGACUAUGCCCCUUCCAAGACGCCGGGCGACAUUGAAGGCGGCGCGCUGCGUGAAGGUGGCAUGCCCGUGCUCACGAGCAGGGAGAACCUAGGCCUACUGUUCCAGUACUCGACCAUCGGACUCGUCUACGGUCUGCUCCCCGCCACGAUCUACCCGUUCAUGCAGAACUACCUCAACUGCUCCGGCGCCCAAGUGGCCGCUGCCAGUCAGCUUGUUGUGCUACCCUGGAGUUUCAAGGUCUUCUACGGCAUCCUAUCUGACUGUCGACCCAUUUUCGGCUAUCGUCGUCGGCCGUACAUGCUCAUUGGAUGGGGUAUCUGCUUCGCGAUGCUGGUGAUCAUGGCUGUUAUGCCUAUUGGCAAGCCGUAUUUUACUGUGGCCGCCGACCGUGACGUCGAGAUUGCAGACUACACGCCGGAGAUCGAAGCUCGGAUCAACCACAGCGCCCCGGAUCAAGGAGCCAAGUACGUCAUCAUCAUGAUGCUCGCUUCCGUGGGCUACGUGCUCUCGGACGUGUGUGCCGACAGUAUCACCUGCGAGUUGGCCCAGCGUGAGCCCAUUGAUAAGCGUGGCAAGACGCAGUCCUGCAUCUACACGGUGCGGACGGUCAUGGUCAUCUUCGGUGAGAUCCUCGUGGGGUUCUUCUUCAACGGCGAGGACUACGGCGGCGACUUCGACUUCUCCUUGAGCUUUCCGCAGUUGAUGAUCAUUGUUGCGGUGCUCACUCUCCCAGUGUUCCCGAUGACGUGGUGUUUCAUCAAGGAGGAGAAGGCGCAGGCCGCCAACUUCCGCGAGUACAUGACCAACUUCUGGAAGCUGCUGUGCAGCCGCGCCAUGUACCAGAUCAUCGCCUACAUGUUCUUCAGUGGUAUUUUCGCCAGCAUCACGUACACGGGCAGCUCCCCCGUGGCUUCGAAGAUGGUCGGCGUGACUCCCAUCAACAGCACCCUGAGCGACAUUCUGAGCAACCUGCUAUUCAUGGCCGGUAUCAUGAUCACGUCCAAGUGGGGUCUGCACUGGAAUUGGCGCUGGAUGACCGUUGCCACGGGAAUUGUGGUGAUCGUCGUGGACUGCACAGUCUCGCUCUUGGUUAUCUGGGACGUGUUCCGCAACCAGUGGUUCUGGCUGGGCCCUCCGAUCGCCGUCCAGCUCCCGUACGGCGUCGGCUGGAUCAUUUCCACCUUCUGUGUGGUCGAGCUGGCGCAGGUCGGCAACGAGGCUGCGGUCUACGGUCUUAUCACGACGGUCUCCAAUGUUGCGCAGCCGUUUGCCACGUCGCUUACCCUCGCCAUCGAUGGCCCCUUUAACGUCACCAACGAGCGCGUGCAGAUGGACGACCACAGCGUCCGCAUGGACAUCACGUACACCAUUAUCAUCAUGUACGCCAUGACGAUCUUCUCGUGGGUCUUCCUGUUCCUGCUGCCCCCGCAGAAAGCGGAGACGCAGGAGCUGGUGCGCAAGGGCGGCCACAGCAAGCUCAUCGGCGGCAUCACCGCGUUUUACCUCAUCUUCGCCACGAUCUGGUCGAUUAUGACCAACAUCAUGGCCAUGUUCGACAGCACGUCGUGCCUGAUGAUUGCCGGCGGCACUGGAUGCUAA